CUCUAGUCGCCAAUAAUGAGUAGUAACUGCUCUAAAUUUGCUGACGAUGAAGGGUAGAGGGAGGGUUGGUAGCAACAGUUGCCCGGGUGAGGGACGGAGCGGCCAUAGCCACGGUAGUCCUGGCGACAAGAACCCCGGCAACGGUAAUCAACAACAACAAUCACCAUCAGCGCGGGCCCUGGGCCCCCUCUCCGUUCAGUUAUUCCUGCUUUAAACGGGCUGUGCCCCGUUUUCCUUCUUGACGGAAACUCCCAGGGACCUAGAGCUCUGCUGAACCCGUGUCCCUCCGUGAGCGGUUAGCUUUGGGCUUGUGACACUGACACGGGCGGAGGCUGCCUGAUUUAAGAAUACUCUCGGCUCCUGUUAUGGCGGCUCAGGCUUAUGUGACGGAGCUCCAGGUGGCUCCAGCUGCUCCCACCCAGAAUGCACCACAGCAGUACGUGGCAGAGCUACAGGUGACCCCAACUACCACGUCUCAGCCUACAGGGCCUCAAACACCCACACCGCAACAGUAUAUUGUAGUAACAGUAUCCGAAGGGGCCAUGAGAGCCAGUGAUGGAGAACUCAGCCCUGGAGGUCCACCCACUCCGCAGACAGGAGUGCCCACUCAAGUGGUGCAGCAAGUGCAAGCAGCACAGCAGAGACUGGUGGUUCAGACAGCUUCACAGGCCACAAAACCCGCCCAGCUCUCCCUUGCCGUGCACACCGUACAGCAUCCAGCUCACUCUCCCCCUGAGCGCUCAGUUGUUCAGGCAACUCCCCAAGCUCAGAAAUCGUCUCCUGUACAUCAGCUGAACAUCCAGGGACUUCAACACACCCAAGGAACAUCAGAGGUGCAGCAACUGCAGCAGGUUCCUGUACAACAUGUGUAUCCCAGCCAGGUGCAGUAUGUGGAAGGUGGAGAUCCCAGUUACACUACAAGCACAAUCCGCUCUGGUUCUUACCCCUUCUCUGAGACCCCUCUUUACAGCCAAGCCACUGGAUCCACUUAUUAUGAAUCUCAAACAGCCACAGGACAGGUCAGCUCUCCUACUUCAUCUCCUACUGUUGCCAGCAGCCCCUCUGUUCCGAUGUAUGUGUCUGGGGGACAGAUCCUGACCAAUGCCACACCUGCUACAGCUUCUGGUGGUGGAGGAAGUGGAACUGGUACCGGAACAGGGACUUAUGUCAUCCAAGGAGGAUUCAUCAUGGGCAGUCCAACUCAGUCCUAUUCUCACACCACACGUGCAUCUCCCGCCACGGUGCAAUGGCUGUUGGAUAAUUAUGAGACUGCAGAAGGAGUCAGCCUUCCACGUAGCACUCUUUACUGCCACUAUUUGUUGCAUACACAGGAACAUAAGUUAGAACCUGUCAAUGCUGCUUCCUUUGGAAAACUGAUCCGCUCUGUGUUUAUGGGGCUUCGAACCCGCCGACUAGGCACUAGGGGGAACUCCAAAUAUCACUAUUAUGGACUAAGAAUUAAAGCCAGUUCUCCUCUCCUUCGCUUGAUGGAAGACCAGCAGCACCUUGCCAUGCGCCAGCAGCCUUUCUCCCAGAAACAAAGACUAAAGCCAAUUCAGAAGAUGGAAGGAAUGAGUAAUGGCGUUGGGGGUACCCAGCAGCAACAACCUGGAGGCCUGUCUGACAUUAGCUCCCAGGUGCAGCAGUAUCAACAGUUCUUGGAUGCUUCUCGCACUCUUCCAGAGUUUGCAGAAAUAGAUUUACAUGGAAAACCGCUACCUGAUGGAGUCACUCUUGCCAAUGUCAAGGCCUUUCAGCUGUUGUACCGUGAACAUUGCGAGGCAAUAGUUGAUGUUGUGGUGAAUCUGCAGUUUACCCUUGUAGAGACUCUGUGGAAAACAUUCUGGAGGUUCAAUCAGACACAACACAGUGACACAACAGUUGAUGAGGAGGCAGAAAAACGCCUUCCCAAGGACUGUCUGGUGCUUCUCUCCAAGUAUGAGCCUCUGCUCAAAUGGUGUCGAGACUGUGACCAUGUCCUGUAUCAGGGUCUGGUGGAGACACUCAUACCAGAUGUUCUACGCCCCAUCCCCAGUGCCCUGACACAAGCCAUACGCAACUUUGCAAAGAGUCUGGAGAACUGGUUAACCAGCGCUAUGAUGAACAUACCAGAGGAGAUGGUGCGAGUAAAGGUUGGCGCUGCUAGUGCUUUUGCCCAGACAUUGCGUCGCUACACAUCAUUGAAUCACCUGGCUCAGGCAGCCCGAGCUGUGCUGCAAAAUACUGCACAAAUCAAUCAAAUGCUUAGUGACCUCAACCGUGUAGAUUUCACCAACGUACAGGAGCAGGCCUCCUGGGUGUGUCGCUGUUCAGAUCGUGUUGUUCAGAGGCUUGAGCAGGACUUUAAGUUGACUUUGCAGCAGCAAAGCUCACUGGAACAGUGGGCAGUUUGGCUAGACAGUGUUGUUUCUCAGGUUUUAAAACCGUACCAAGGAAGUCCUAGUUUCCCCAAAGCUGCCAAACUGUUCCUGCUCAAGUGGUCAUUCUACAGUUCCAUGGUGAUACGUGAUCUCACAUUACGUAGUGCUGCCAGUUUUGGAUCUUUUCACUUGAUACGCCUACUCUAUGAUGAAUAUAUGUACUACUUAAUAGAGCAUCGUGUGGCAGAGGCCCGUGGUGAGACUCCAAUCGCAGUCAUGGGAGAGUUUGCAAAUACGGCAAGCUCUUUACAUCCAUUGGACCCAGAUAAAGAUGAGGAAGAGGAGGAGGAUGAUGAGAGUGAUGAUGAUCUGACCCAUGAGCUGCCACUGAACACCAGCGAUUCCUCCAACCCACUUGGGGCGGAUUCCCUGGAGCCUCCAACAAAGCUGGCAAGGAGUGACUCCCAGGGGCUUUUUGUGCAGUUGCCCCCCUCCUAACCACUGUGGGCAUAGCCCAGUUUGCACCAAAGCCUUCUGAGACUGGUGAAUAGGGGAAAACAGAAAUUGUGUAUAUUACACAAACUUCUAUAGAUAUAUGUAUAUAUAUAUAUAUAUAUAUAUAUAUAUAUAUAUAUAUAUACGCACACAUUUAUUUAUAUAUAUAUUCCGAGUGAGAUAGAGAGUGCAAAGGGACCCUUGUAAUUUCUCUGUUGCAAAAAGCAAAAGUUCUUCACCUUCUCACUAAGGGGCUCCAAUCCAAAUAAAUGCAGAUAAGGGCUGUUAACUGUAUGAGCAUUAAAUGUAUGAUUUUAUAUAUAUAUAUAUAUAUAUAUAUAUAUAUAUAUAUAUAUAUAUAUAUAUAUAUAUAUAUAUAUAUAUAAAUAAAUGAUCACCAGGGAGAAUUACCUAUAUACAUAUAUUUGCAUAUGUACAUAGACAUUCUUAUACUGCCGUUGAGCCUCAGACUGUUUUUAUAUACAGUGCGUGUGGGAAUACAUGCAUAUACACACAUAUAUAUUAUAUAUACAGUAUAUAUAUAUAUAUAUAUAUAUAUAUAUAUAUAUACAUAUAAUUAUAUAUAUACAUAUAAUUAUAUAUUGAGAGAUAUAUAUGUAUAUGUGUAUAUACUGUGUGUAUAUAUAUAUAUAUAUAUAUAUACACACACAUAUUAUAUAUAUAUCAAAGGUAAAGAAGAAGAUAACAGCACAAUACUGGAGGAGUGCACGUAAGACCUGAGGACACUGCCAGGUCCCCCAACAAUCAAAAUAUAUCGUUUUGGGGUCACAGACCCUUAUUCAUGCAUGAAUAAGGGGCUGUGACCCCAAAUUGUUGCUUGUUUAUGUGAAUAAAUUGCCUGAAUUGACCCUUUGAGUGCUGGAGACCAUUAUUGAUAUAUAUUAUAUAUAUAUUUAUAUAUAUGUGUGUAUAUAUAUAUAUAUAUAUAUGUAUAUAUACAUAUAAUUAUAUAUAUAUAUAUAUAUAUACGCACACAUAAUUAUUAUUAUGUACAUAUAUAUAUCAAUGUUUUAGUCAACAUGUGUGUGUGUGUGUAUGUAUAUAUACAGUAUAUAUAUAUAUAUAUAUAUAUAUAUAUAUAUAUAUAUGUAUGUGUGUGUGUGUGUGUGUGCCCAAUUAGUGCAUAAACAUACACAGAUUCAAAGUUUUAACAAUUGUACAAUUUCCCCAAUAUCUUGUUUCACCAGCCUCCCCAUUUCAAACUGUAUGAUGAAAGUGAAAUCUCACCCUUGUUUCUCUGUCAUUAGCGUACAGCAGCAUAAUUCUCAGUGCCAUUGCUGCACAUGCUUUGUGUCUUUACAGAGCAUUGACACAUCAUAUGUUCUAUAAGCUGGUUUCUGCCAAAAAAUACCCUCAGAUUUACCCUUUGUGGCUAAUGGCUCAAAUUCUGCUUUGAAAUCUUAGCUGUGUGAAAUUUACAUGUUUGGAGUCCACUGCCUUAAAUGACCCCAAGCCUUGCUCCCCCUAAUUGUUUUGUUCCCUCUUCAGCACAGACUGCAGGACUCCGCCACUCUUCCGUGCUUGUACUUUUUAAACUAAAUGACUAAUCGUUAAUAUAUUAAAUAUUGUGAUGUUGCUGUUGGAAGCCUGCGGGUUUCCUCCCACGUUAUGGCCUUACCUGUCUCUGUGUCAAACCUGUGAUAUAUUUGUCUGUACGAGAGAGGAAUCAUAUUGUAUUUUGUAUAAAUUAUAUAUCUAUAAAUCCUAGUUUUGUGUUGAUCUGCUGGGUUAGAAGUUGGAACAUGCAGAGAACGAUGGACGACUACAGUCAGCAAAACUUUUCUAACUUUUGUAGUAUUUCUUAAAUACACAAUAAAAUUCUUCUGUGUUCCAUA